AUGUCUUCCGAUUCUGCAAAGAGCGACGCACCACUGGCGAAGAAAGACGAGACGAUACCUGCACUGUGGUCUGCGAAAUACAUCCCUCAUAGUGCGGAAUUUCCAGAUCCAUAUGAAUUGAUUGGAGACGCAUAUGAGCCAAAAGCGACAGUAGCGGCUGAGUGGGAAAUCCCUGACCCUGAAAGGUUGCCUUACUUGGCUCAUAUCAAGUCGUUGUCAACAUCAUGGAAGACGCUCCGCCACUUGGCCGAUUGGAUGCAGGUCGGUACAACACCACUACGAUGGAAUGAAAUCAAGAAGACCCCUGGAGAGCGCGAACGGCGUGCAAAUAAGACAAACAUCACGUUUGUCGAGUACAGGCCCGCAUCCAAACCCAAAGCAUUCCCCAUCAAGACACCCUCGGCACUUCGUGAGACUCUUGAAUCGUUUUCACAUGAGCCCUCGAAGGAGCCUCCUCUUCGGCUGUUCGUCGUAGAAGACCUUUCUCAGCAGGUCAUAGAACUCCUGGGAAAGCGAUUUGACAUUGAUCCGCUGUUUUUCCGUGAACAGAUUGCCGACUAUGUAUGGUACAAUACCCGAGACCCAUGGGCAGCACCGCCUGCCCUUGUUUCUAGCAUGAAGCACCGUCAAUGGUUUAGGAUGCGGAACAUGCGGUUGCGAUACUAUAGGACAAUGGAAGAUUUUAAACAUUCAAGGUUAGAGGCUAAUACUUGGAAUGUCCUCCGCCGUCCCGACAAUGAUGAAAAUCACUGGCAUUAUUUGGACGAAGAAGGCGCCGUAGUGUCCAUCAUGCGUACGCGCACUUGUAUGUGGAUUGGAAAAGACAAGGAGUGUGGAUAUGGAACAGUUGGCAUCGUGUUACUGGAUCCAACAGUCACUCGAGGGCGGCCACUGUGGUAUGACCGCAGUAACUGGCUGCCAACCCCAAAGAUAGAAACAGAGAUCUAUCCAUCGAUAAAAUCAUCCGUCUCGUGGUUCGAAGACAUUGUGCAAAUGACAACCGCCUUCCCAUGGUUUGAACGAUCAGAAGGCCACGAAAUCAACGCGCAAGUCCUCGCCAAACCAACCAUCUACACCAUCUGUGCAGAAUGGCUCAUAGUAUGCGACUACGUGAAGACGCGCCUGAGUCAGAUAGAAUGGGAGCUAGAAAAGCCGCAUCUUUUCCGAUCCAAAGGCGACGCCAUUGACGACUCACUGAACCGUCUGCAUACAUGGCGCCGCCACAUACCAGUUUUCCGAGAAAUGGUAGCAGAGACACUGGAGCACGCGCUUCCAGCCGCAGCACGCCUGACAUCCCCAUCGCCACAGUCCGCAAUCGCACCAUCCUCACCUAUCUCUUACACGGCCCGGUCCGUCAUACCAGACAACGUCAUCAUUAAUUUCGACAACAUCGAUGGCUUCGAGGACAUUGUGCCUGAUUUCCGACGCGUCCUCGCCACAGUCAACGAACUCCAGGAACGAGUCGAUCGUCUCACAAGCAUCGUGACAUCCGAGAUUUCCAUCGAAGACUCGCGGCGCGGACUCAAAGAGAGUCACGAUAUGGCGCGCAUCACCUGGCUGGCGACUGUGUUCAUCCCACUGACAUUCGUUGCGGGCUUGUACAGCAUGAACGAGAGUGUUUCGGCGCUGAAGGCGACAUAUGGAUGGUACUUUUUGACUGCGAUCCCGUUCACGUUGUUUGUUAUGGCGAUUGGGUGGGCAGUUGGGGGCGGAAGUUUGAAGCCAUGGAACAAAACUACUGCUACGACACAGAGGGGGGUGGCUGUUGUAAAAGAUAAGAAGGUGAAUUGA